AUGGCAGAGGUAGUGGGGCUAGUCGCCAGUAUUGCUGGCCUUGUCCAGAUUGCAGGACAAAUUACCAAGCUCAGCUACAGCUACGUGUCAGACAUCAAAUCUGCCCCCAAAACGCAAAAGCUCUAUCUCCAGGAGGUCUCAGCGCUCACAGAUGUGCUUUUUCGUGUGGAAAAGGCUAUACAAGAGGCAGAAUCUACCGGUUUAGAAUUGCCCUUAUGUCCAUCCUCGCUCAAUGAAGAAGCUCUACAAGAAUGCCGCCACCACUUGUCGGUCCUUCACCUCGAUCUCGACAAACGGCUACGCCGUCUCGUAUGGCCGUUUCAAGAAAAAGAGGUCAAAAAAUAUAUUGAUCUCUUGCAUCGCUACCGGUCUCUUUUUGCCGAUUUUCUUUCAACAAAUAUCAUGUCCGUUGCCAGUGCUACCUUCAAGAAGGUCGCAACGAUCGACCAAGAGCAAAUUAGGCAGCAUCUUUACUCGCUUUUUCCGGCAUCAGAUAACCUUUUACGCUCCAGACCAAAUGCUUGUCCUGGGACUGGGAAAUGGUUUUUGAGUUCUCAAAACUUGGAGAACUGGCGCACCGGAGCCCCGUCACUGCUCUGGUGCUACGGAGCCCCUGGUGUGGGCAAGUCGCUACUUUCCUCCAUGACUAUUGGGCACCUAUCGGAUAAGAGAUCAGAGACUACAAGCUCCGUGGUAUAUGCAUUCUGUCAGUUCUCAUCCCGGGAACAACAAAGUCUCACAGCAAUCCUGCAAUGCAUGAUCCGACAGGUAAUUGAGCAAGGAGAUGAAAGAGUGCUUCUCGCAAUGAAACGUCUCUUCAUGGACCCAAUGAAGCAGCGUGAGCCUGCAGGACUCGCUGAAUCAUUUGCAGCGGCCUGUGAGCUGAAGUCGACCUAUCUUCUAGUUGACGGGCUAGAUGAGGUGCCUGGAGCAGAUGGUUUGCUCGCUUACCUGUCUUUAUUUGUCGAAAAUGGAUGCAGAGUAAUGGUAACGAGCCGAGACCUUGGCCACAUCAGGAAGGCUAUGGAUUCUGCAACCAAGAUGGAGAUAUGUUCGCAAUUUGAAGAUUUGAAGAUCUACAUCGACUCCCGUUUCAAAGAGAACGAGCUUCCUCGGGGGGCACAGAAGCUGAUUGGAAAAAUCACAGAAAAAUCGGGGAAUAUGUUUUUACAUACCAAGCUUAUUCUGGAUGAGAUCUUGGAUCUCACCACUGUCCGCCAUAUGCAAAAGGCUCUCGAAAAAAAGUCGACGGGGUUGGACCAAGUGUAUCAAUCAACUCUACAGCGAAUCGAUACGCAACCAAUGGCAAGGAGGGAACUUGCUCGGCGAUUUAUUGGAUGGGUUGUCUUUGCGAAGAGACGUCUGAAAAUUGAUGAAGUAAUUCAUGCUUUUGCUGUCGAAAGUGACGAGGAUUAUAUUGAAGAGGAUAAUUUCGUCAGCCCUGAUCUUCUCCUUCGAUCGUGUGUUGGUCUAGUGGUGCUACACGAUGACAAGACCGUUGCAAUGGUCCAUGCGACUGCUUACGGCUUUUUCGGAUCCACGGUGCUAUUACCGCAUGACAUGGAGACCGACAUCGCAGAGACAUGCCUGCGCUAUAUGUGUCUCAGUCCGUUCAGGGAAGGGCCAUGCACAAGUCGUGUGCAGAUGUCUCGCCGCUUCCAUGAAAUGCUGUUUCUGGAUUAUGCCUCACGGCAUUGGGCUCAGCAUCUCAAUGAAAUAGAAAAUGUGGAAGAAGAUCUAAGCUCACUGGUCCAGUUUUUCAUUUCCAACGAGAGACUCCUGAAUGCAGCCGUUCAAGCAUUACACUUCCGCAAUGAGCUCGAACCCGAUCUCCUAGACUCUCUUUUUGAUUCAAUCCCUCAAAAUCAGACCGCAUUGCAUGUUGCAGCUUAUUGGAAUCUUACGGGAGCCAUCAGGUCUCUGGUCGAAUCAGGACUCAGUACAUCUCUAGCAGAUACUCAUGGCUGGACACCUCUCCACUACUCUUGCGCAAACGGUCAUUUUUCCUCGACCGAAAUCCUCGUGACAAGUGGAGCGGAUAUCGAUGCUACAGAUGAUCAAGAUUGGACCCCUCUUUUCUGGGCGUCAUUCACUGGAAGCUUGGACAUUGUCCGUCUCCUACUAUCUGCGCACGCAAAAUACACGAAGCGUAGCAAAUAUGGUUGGACAGCAUUACACUGGGCUAUAUCUCGCGGUCAAACCGAGGUGGUGUUGGAGCUUGUGCAGCAUCAUCAAACGCAGUUGUCGCGCGUUACCAAGGCUGAUAUUCGGACCCUCAGCGUCGAUGAUGUGAGACAAUUGAAUACACCAGAGAGCAUUUCCCCGAUGCAAAUAGCAGCCGAGAGCAAGAAUGCUUUGAUAUUCGACUUGCUAGUGGCUCACUUUGAAGAAACUGGUUCCACCGAAGAGAAGGAUUUCCGGAGGUUCUGGUCCAGGGAGAGCUUCAAAGUUCCUGUUGCUCAGUGCACGUGGCGAAACACGAUCAAGUCACAAAAAAGCGGAUAUCAUGGCCGCGCGGUGCAGUUGAUUGCCGGAGACACAUACGUCCAGGAGGACCCGAGCAGUUACUUCAAGAAUGAAUUGACAAAGGAAGAUCCAUCAACGUGGAAGUCAAUUCUACUUGUCUCCGCCAUCCAGGAUGCGGAUUUCCAGGCGGCUAAACUGUUCAUCGAACUUGGUGCAGACGUGAAUUACGUUUCCGAAAAGGGAUCGCUGUUGAACGUCGCCGCGCACCAGAGAGACCCGCGUUUUGUACAAGUCCUGCUGGAAAAGGGUGCCGAAGGACUACCGACUGAAUUGAACGAGUCAGCAUUACACACUGCUAUCGACCUCGGGAACUUGGAAACCGCGAAAGUAAUCCUGGACAGUGACCAUGCUCAGGUGGAUAGUUUGUAUUACGGCAAAACACCUUUGCAUGCAGCUGCUGGUCAACAAGAUCCACGACUCGCAUUGCUUUUGUUAUCUAAAGGGGCACAGCCUGAUAUCCUAGAUGGGCGUCAACGGACAGCCCUGGCCAUCGCUGUGUAUAACGGAUUUGUCGAGACAGCACAGGCUGUGAUUGAAGGUGGUGCAGAUGUCAACCAGUUGUCGUAUAUGUGGAUUCUCAACGAAAGUGGAUGGCGGAAUUGCCUGACUUUAGCCGUUUUCCUUGCUGGUGGUGACAACGAGGAGCCGGAAAAUAGGAACUCGGCAACUGAAAUGGCUCGCAUGUUACUUUCAAAGGGGGCCGACCUCGGGUUCCAGGAUGAAGAAGGAAAGACUGGAUUGCACAUGGCAGCAAUGCGUCGCAAUGUGGGAUGCAUCGAACUGCUGAUGGCAGCUGGGUCUAAGAUCGAUACUGUCGACAGCAGCGGGCGGACUCCAAUCCAUACCAUGAUGGAAUCCGUGGACCCGAGCUGGGAUGUGGAAGAGGUGGGAGAAGCUCUUCGUCUACUGCUCCAAGGGUUAUCAGAAGAGGCCGUCACCUCAUUACUGUCCCAGCAAACGUGCCAAUAUACUAUUUGGGGGUCUUCAUACAAAGUAGACGAAGAAGACAUUCAAUUAUACACGCCAUUGGCUAGUGCAUUGAGGCGGACAGCUUGGAGUAUAGCUCGUCUCUUGAUGGCCUUGGGCGCGCAGCCCCCCACUAGCCCAAGUUUUCGACCUACUCUGAUGGAUGCAGUCCGGGACCUUGAAUGCCAGAUCGUGGAGACCCUUAUUGGGAGUGGGGUGUCACCAGGUGAUGAUUCUGUUUUGGAAUUAGUGAACAGCAUUGACGACCGACUUUUCGCCGAACCUUCUUCUUUGCUUUCUUCGCCUAGGAGGAAAGUUAUUCUUCCUAAAUUUAAGUACUUCUUUAAGCAGGCAAGAGCAAAGGCACGACUUCAAAACAGAGAACUUCCGCACGAGAUUGCGCAGGCCUCCCAGCGAAUUCUGACUAACGUUAACUUUUAUGACUCGGAGGCAAAUACAACUCCUCUUAUUCUGGUAGCUGAGAAGAUUCCGAUUGCUCUCGUUACGGCCACUCUAUUGGAAUUUGGUGCUGAUUGCUUCUAUUCUUUUGGGAAUAGACUUGAUCCAAUCUUGGCGGCUGCGGCAGCCAACAAUACGGACUCACUGUGUUGCCUAAUAGCGCAUGCCUCAACCUCGCCAAAAACGGGGCAUUGGACCCAGCAUUUGGAGUAUCGGGGCCAGCUGAGCACCAAAGAGGUUUUCGACUGCAUAUGCCUGGCAUUGAAACGCGCCGAGAAGCUAGACUACAAGUACGCAAAUGACCAGACAUUGUUGCACAUCGCCGCAGAUAGAGGGAACGUCGAUUUGGUCACCAGCUUGAUCUCCCAUGGUGCUCAUGCAGAUAUACCGGAUGCAGAUGGCUUCUUUCCCAUCCAUUCUGCGGCAUUCUCGCUGUAUGACUCGGGUUAUGGGGAUAGACUGCACUGGCCACGUUAUCAUGAUACAGUAGAGCAACUUCUGCCGAUGAAUAUGGUGCAACAUACUUCCGAUCACCAUCCCUAUCGCUCUGUCGAGGCUAGAGCCUCCCUCCAAGACGCAGAAAUUUGUCAGGAGAUAUCAAGCCUAAGGAAUGAGUACGAAAACACGAUGCUUUGGGGCGCUUUGAUGAAUGAGAACGACACCAUGUUUCUGCAUCUUCUCAAACUCGAGCAGGAUUUCAACUCUUGUGUCACAUUUUAUGGAUAUCACCCAUCACUUCUCUAUCACGCAUCUGCUCGCGGGAUGACAGAGGCAGUGUCAUUCUUGCUGGAAUGCAACGUUGAUAUUGAAAGGGCUGACAGCUGCGGAUGGCGUCCACUGCAUGUCGCAUCCGAAUGGAAUCAAGUUGCAGUAGCUGAGAGGCUAAUUGCUGCAGGGGCUAACGUCUGCGCUUCUAUAGCACGGUAUCACGAGGAAUCCUAUACGGGUUCCAACCUUGAUGGGGAAGAAUGGAACGCUCAUCCUCUCCAUUUGGCCGUCAUGCGGGGUAACAUCGACAUGGUUGAGCUUCUUUUGAAGCAUGGUGCGGAUGUCAAUGCAAACACGGGAUGCUUCAAAGGGUCUGAUGGAAGAAUUCGUGGACCGACCUCUCUUCACAUAGCGUUAGAUCCACUGGCAUGGUAUCCUUGCGACAAGGACGGUCAAGAUGAUGAACACCGGGCAGACGAUCAUGAAGAAUAUUUGAAGAUUGCUAGGAUGCUGGUUGAAAAAGGGGCUUCUGUCGAAGGUGUCUUGGAUCAACUGCAGGUGAAUCACGUUCCAAGCUUUGAGGGUUUCGAAGAUGUCUGGGAUAAGAUUCGAGGAGUUUGA